CUGUGUGUCAGCUGAUGCAUGAUGGAAGGAAACAGGGAUGAAGCAGAAAAAUGUUUAAUCAUCGCCACUAAAGCACUUGAACAAGGCAAUACUGAGAAGGCUCUGAAAUUCCUCAACAAAGCAGAACAACUAUAUCCUACCGAGAAAGCAAAAGUCUUGUUGGAAGCACUGAUGAGGAAUGGUACAUCGGCAGGGAAUAGCAGUGCAUAUUGCCGGAAGGCCACAAAUGGAAUGGAGAACGGGACCCAGACCUGUAAAAAGAAUCAGGACUCUGCAUCUGCAGAUUCAACUAAAGGAUUUACCAAGGAGCAAGCUGAUGGUGUACAAAGGAUAAAGCGGUGUAAGGAUUACUAUGAGGUACUGGGUAUCAGUAAAGAAGCCAAUGAUGAAGAACUGAAGAAGUCCUACAGAAAACUUGCUCUACAGUUCCAUCCUGACAAGAACCAGGCGCCAGGAGCAACUGAAGCCUUUAAGAAGAUUGGAAAUGCUUACACAGUGCUUAGUAACCCAGACAAGAGAAAGCAGUAUGACAUGAGUAAAGGAGAGGAGUCCAGCAGUCACAACGCUCAUGGAGGAUUUGAAUUCCACAGAGGCUUUGAGGCAGAUAUUACACCUGAAGAUCUCUUUAACAUGUUCUUUGGAGGCAGCUUUCCUUCCUCAAGUAACGACACCUUCACUAAUGGCAGAACACAACACAGUCAUCAGACGGACCAAACCAGAGACCGAGCGGAGGAGAGGGGAGAUGGUGGAUUCUCCAUGUUUAUUCAGCUGAUGCCCAUCGUUGUGCUAGUCCUGGUGUCAAUUCUCAGCCAGCUGCUGGUGUCCACAGCACCCUAUAGCCUAUACUCCAGACCGUCCACAGGACAGACUGUGAAGAGACAAACAGAGAACUUGCAUGUAGACUAUUUUGUCACAAGAGAUUUUAAAUCUGAAUAUAAGGGCUCGGCUUUACAAAAGAUCGAGAAGAGUGUGGAGGAAGAUUAUGUGUCUAAUGUGCGCAACAACUGCUGGAAGGAAAGACAGACGAAAACAGACCUGCUGUACGCCGCUAAAGUCUACAGAGAUGAGCGACUGCGGCAGAGGGCCGAGAGCAUGAGCAUGGACAACUGCAAAGAGCUGGACAGAUUAAACAGCCUGUACCGCGGAGGAUGAACCUGAAACUAACGAACACUUCAUUAAGAGACACAAGAUAUUUAUGUAAAUGUGUUUGUUUCUACAUGAGGAUAGAAGAAAAAUAUAUGUAAACUAAAGUUAGAUUUCUUAGAUUUAAGAUUUAAACCAACUUCCAAUAUCUCAUUUGUUUACCUCCGCACCAUCAAUUCUGUUAAAGAAACAGUUUACCUGUCAUUAUUUACUCAGCGUAAUGUCGCUUCAAACCCAAAUGACUUUCUUCCAUGGAGGAGACUUUGUACUAAAGUCUUUACAGAGUUUAUUUGCCAUAUAAUGAAUGUAAAUAGUGACUCAAAAGAAACCCACAGAAACUGUAACGGACAAUCACAUCAUGUUCCAAGUCUUCUGAAACCAUCCACUGAAAUCAUUAAUGAAUCGCCCAAAUCAAAUAUGGCAGGAAGAUCAAACCUCGCUAGUUCUCAUCGUGUCUCGUCACCAAUCGUUGCGACACCUUUCCUGUCUUUGCUGAAAUGCUAACAUGUGAAAAUAGGGCUGUGAAUUAAAACAUUUGAACUAGUUUAUGAGUUUCUGUGAUUAAUUGGGAUUCAAUUAUUGUAUGUGAAACAUUUUAACAAACAAUAAAAAUCACCAUCAGUAUAUUUACUUUAACCAGUUUAAUCAUCAUUUUUUAAAUAAAAUAUUCAGGUGAAUUGGACACAUUUAUACAGGCAUUAAUCUUUGAUUGUGGACAUGCUGUAAUUAUAAUUUGGGCACAAUCUGCUGUUUUUAGUGCUCUUAUAAUAAUACGAUCAAAUGGCAG